UAUUAGCGUGGUCAGUUACAGAGUGCGAUCGCACGCCAUUCCUGUCCAAGCCUGAUAUUUUAUCUCCCAGGUUCAAUGUCUAAAAAAAAAUCAAAUAAAUGUUUACAAAUAUAUUUCUUGAAUCAGAAAGGACUUUAGGACCAUCCUGUACCUGAUGUUAGAAAGAAGCUACUAACCUGCAUAACCAUAGCAGCAUACAUGUGUGUAAAAUGCAACUUCGGGCAUAAUAUGUGUAAUGCUUUAAAUUAAGAUGCGUCAAACUUCUCCAAAUUUGUGUAAUAUCAAUAUUUUAAGGAAGAAUAGAAAGAAAAAAAACUCUAAAAAUGUUAUGCACAAUGUCUUUAACAGCAAAACCCAACUACUUUCAAAAAGAAAAAGAUACUUUAACAGUUUUAUUGAAAAACCAUGUUAACAAACUAUUAUCUGUUCUUCAGACAGAUAUCAACAAUCACAAUAUUUCACUAGCUGAGUCUGCAUUAUCUGUAUUGGGUCAAUGUCUGGCAUCUGAUGAUAUUUUAAGAAAUUCUGAUGUAAAAGUUAUUGCAAAGACUCUUCAAGUACUUUGUUCUAACCUUGAAUCACAAGAAAAUAAAUCAGUUUGUAUAAGAACAUUGUGGUGUUUUACCAAUCAACGUAUAUCUGCUGAUAGUAUUCAAGAAUAUGUUUCUAUAGUUGUGCAUCAAUUCAUCAAGCUUUCAUCAAACAAAAAUCAAAAGUCUGAACUGAUUAUUUGUGAGGGAUUGCAAACUAUGAGACGGUUUUGUGAACAGUGUCCAAGUGAAAUGGAAAAGUUGGCUAAGAUUUGGUUUAUUGAACUUUUUCUUUAUGUGCUAAGUGAAGUUCCAAAGAUACGUGACUGUUGUCUUGAGCUUAUUGAAACUUCAAUGGGUUUACUCUUGAGCCAGCAAAGCUAUUUGAAUUCUUUUUUAUUAGAACAGUUAAAUAAUGGAGAUCUAUCAGAGUCUUUAAAAGCUUCUUUUGAAAAAGGUUCUUGUCCGGUUCAUGUUUUAAAUACAUGGGCAUGUGUGCUUCGUUUAUUGGGAACUCAUUUCUUUGAAUUGAACCGAGUAACUGUAUUAAAUCCUCUGCUAAAGAUUGCUGAGAAGUCAUUUACAGCAACCAAUAGUGAGAUUUGUCUUGCUUUAAACAACAUGUGGAGAUCAUUAAUGGAUGUUGUGUUUCUUAUUCCAGGUGGUUUUAGCAAGCGUAUGGAAAAAAUCUUUUUGCUUCCUAUACAGAUAAAGUAUCGAAAUGAAGUUGUUGCAAAUGAAUAUUUGAAAACAAACUGGCAUUUGAUUUGUAACAUAAAUGAGACCAUAAAUACUUUUGUUGAAAAGUUGAUCCUUCCACUAGUGUCACUAUAUUUAUGUAAUGAUUCUAAUGAUAAACCAUCUAUUGAGUCUCCAACUAUUGGUACUGAAAAUCUUAAUAAACGUCGUUCACGAAAUCACACCCCAUACGUAUGUUCAACUUCAACAAAAAUAUUAGCAGCUGAGAUUCUUAUUCAGUUACUUAUGAAACCUGAGGAUCGUAUCAAAACAAAAUUAAAAUUAGAAAUUUUUAAAGGUCCAGCAUUAGAUGAAUCAAAUUUAGUCACCUAUUUUCCAAAGAUAUAUUCCUUUGUUUUGAAUGCAACUGAAAGUUACUUAUCUUCAAAUGAGACUGAAGUUACGCAGCUAUGGGCAGCUUUGUUUUCAGCCUUUGGAGACAUUAAUAAUGAAGGAGAGCAUUACAAAACAAUUUGGAAAGAACUAAUUUUUGGAUUAAAAAAGGUCUGGGAACAAAGUACAAGCAAUGUUACAUUUUAUAUGAAAACGCUGCUGGUCAUUCCAGAAGCAACUUUAUUUUUGAGGAACCCAGAAUUUCAAUUUUCAUUCAAUGAUGCAGGGCUGACUUCUUUGUUUAUAAUUAAGAUGUUAUUACAUAAAAAAAUAUUUGAAAAUGGUGGCUUAGAACAAGAAAGGUAUUUUAUUUUGUUUGAACGAAUGAUCACAGUGCUAUUUAAAGGAGUAAGCAAUCAGUUACAAUCUUCUCAGUUUGUUUUUACAAUGCUUGUGCAUGCGGCAAAAAAGUUCAAGUCUGAUGAUAUUUGUUGGCGUCUGUGGAGUACAAUAAGUUGUUUACUUGUGGAGUAUGUAUGUAGAACAGGGGAUGUAAAUCAAGGUGACCCUCUGAAAUUUGAAUUUCACACACUAUUAGAUGCAUUAGUCUUUCCCUUAAAAUAUAUUUGUCUAACCAAACUUAAUGAUGGCACCAAAAAAGAGUUGUUAAGAGUUUGGACUGAACUUUACACAGCGUUUUCUAGAAGUGUGAACCUUCUUCCUGGUGUUGAAUCAAAUCUUGCCAUGGAUGAGUUUUUCACAGUUCUUCAUAAUUAUAUCACCACUCAACCUAAUGGCCUUCUUACUGACCCAAACUCCUUAAAUACUCUGAUAGAUAUAGGUUUUGUUUCACUUGAAAAUGUAGAUUGGUCAGAAUCAAUACUUUCUUUAACUCCUUCUAAGUUAAACAAACGAAGAAAAAACCCUCUUGGAAAUCUAAAAUCAUUUGGAAAUACAAUAGUUUUUUUACUAAACAUGAUGUCACAAAAAGUAGAGAAGGGGGAAAGUUGUGGUUAUGAAAAAAACUUUUUGCGGUUGUUUGACUUAGUUGAAAAAUUUUAUGUCUCUGUUAAUAACUCCACGCUUUUGGUUGAAUGGUCUCGCUUAUUAGUACCAUCGCUAGCAACUGUGCUUAGUUUGUGUGCAAAGUAUUCUAACAAAGUCAACAUGAACAUUGAAAAAAUGAUCAAUACCAUAUUCUCGACAUUUGAAAUAAUUUCUCAAAAUAUUUUUCAUUCUGAUCUUCUACGAUUAUUUGAACCUUUUUUAAUAGAAUGUUUUAAAAGUGAUAGAAAAUCAUUACGCACUAGAGCUGCUAAAUUUUGGAAUAAUACAUUUGCCAAAACAGCUGUUCUUGAUUACUCUGAUAAUUUGAAAACAACUUUUUUAAACUAUUCUUCUAAAGUUCAUCUCAUUUUACCAAACUUUAUUGAUCGUAUUCCUUCACCAGAUCUCCAUGAAGAUAUAACACAGUUUUCAAACAGUCCGUUAGUUUCUUUGUCACCAAAUUUAAAAUCUAAAUCACCUAUUGUUGUUUCACCUGUCAAGAUAUUUGGUAGUUUUCUUCGAGAUGGAUGUUCACCAAUGUUGAAAAAAAGUCCUGUAACAAAAUUGUUCAAUUCUCCAAUAUCACAGUUAAAAGAGAGUCACACAAAGAUUGCACCUAAAAACUCAAAUGUUUUUAUUGAGAUUUGUGAAUCACCUAAACGGAGGAGAAUACUUACUGAACACCAAAAAGAAAAGUUGAGAGAACGUCAUAAUUUUCCUGCUAUGUACAACAACCUUGAUCAAUCACAAGAUGGUACUUUUUUAAACAUGCUUACUCAAGAUUCCUUAAGUCAAACAUCUUCAUUAUCUGAAUCAGACAAUAACUCGACCAUUGUAACAAAUAUAUCUAAUGGUAACCCUGAUUUCAAAGAGUCACAUAAUAGUUUUAACACACCUAAUGAUGUUGCAGAACCUAUUCAUAAAACUAUUUUUACUGAUACAAAUAAACUUAUAACUGAAGCUGAGGAAUUAGGUUGUAAUAAUUUAAAUACAAAAGAUGUUAAUCCGUUAUCAAUGGAUAUCCUUCCUGAUAAUCCUUCUACAGACUCACUAUCACCUGAAAUUAUUCUUUCUUCACAGGCAUCAACUCAAAGUCCAAAUAAGAUAAAGUUUUCAAUUCUUUCGCCAGCCGUAACCAAAAAUGAUUCUCCGAGUUCUGUAAAGCGUCAUGUUGGUAAACUUCACAAAACAGUAGAAAGUGGAAAAUCAGCUUUAAGCUGUGAUAAAGAAAAAUGGCUUACUACCGACAAACAGAACAACAAAAACCAUGAAGGGCAAUCUGAAAAUCUCAGAGUUUCGUCAAAAAUUAAGAAAAGAAAAAAAAUUGAAAAGAUUAAUGAUACAGGUUUAAAAAACACUGCUCGAAUUAUUGAAAAAGUUGAUGAAGAAAAAAAUGAAUGUUCUAAUGAGUUUCUUGAAAAGUUAAAAAAUGCUGAAAUCAAAAAAAGUCCCGAGUCAAAGCCAAUCUUAAACAAAGUGAAGACGAAUUUAAAAAGGAAGAGAGGAAGACCCACAUUGUCUCAAAACAAGCGCAAAAAAUAUGAUUUAAGUUUUGUGAAAGACAAUGAAAAAAUCAUUGCAAAUCAAAGUAAUAACCCUCCAUUAAUCAGUAAUGUCAAGGAAGAAAGAAUAAGUUCAGUUGUUGAAAUGAAUUAUUUUGAAGACAGUAUAAAUUGCAAUAUAUUUGACUUUAAUCAGAAUUUAAAUCAAGAAUUUAUAAAUGAAACAAAAAAUGAAAGUGAUAUUGAGUGUGUAAAAGAAAAAUUAGUACAAGUAACAAAUGAUGUCGAAUUAAAACUUUCAAGUUCAUUAGUGUCUGAAUUUACUGAAAGCAAAGAAAAGACUACAGAUGAAAAUGCUAAGGCAGUUGAAUGUGAUCUUGAACCAAUGACAGAUCAGGUGGUUCUAAUGGCAAUAGAUAAUAGUAAAGAGAUAAUAGCAAUAGAUAAUAGUAAAGAGGUUCCUGAUAAAGUUGAUAACCCUAAUCAUCUACAAAUUAAUAUCCCUUAUGACCUGCAAAUUGAUAACUCUAAUCAAGUUGAUAUAAAGUCUUCAUCUUGUUCAUUGUUGUCUCCUAGUAGUCCUGUUUGUCAGAUUGCUAUUAUAAAAACGCCAUGUUUGAGUCCAACAAUAAUGCUAACUCCAUCACACAAAAUGUCACCUGCUAAUGGGAUUCUUAAAAAGAAACCUAACAUGGCUUCACCACCAAUAACUAAGUCAAGACAUGUGACUUUCCAAGUGUCUUCCGAUUCCAAAGAUGAUCUUAGUGAUUUGGCAAAACCUUUUAAUGAAUCUUCUGAUAAAGGUUAUACAAUGGUUAAAAAGAAAAGUGACUUUUGUAAAAAAUCUGCAAUAUAUCCACAGUUGGCAAACUGCUCAGCACCAAUUGAAAAAAUUCUUCCGUCUCUUACUUUUUCACGUGGCAUUGGUCACUUGGUUCGUGCACAAAACAUCUUAACAAUUGGUGAUUUGAGUUCACUCACAGAAAUGCAAAUUGAGAAUUUACCUAUUCGCUCACCAAAAGUAACUACUGUACGUAAUGCAUUACGAACAUAUGCAAAAGGAAAAAUUCUACCCAAAUCUCCUCUUGUAAUAAAGGUUCCAACAGAAAACUCAACUCCUCCUAAGGAAGAUAAGUCGUUAGCUGAAGAAACUUUAUCAACCACGCCGACGCGUCAUUUAGACGUUGUUAAGCCAACAUCGUUGUUUUCCGACUUUUCUGUAACAACGAACAAUCAUUCUCGCGAAAUAGAUAAUGAAAUUAAUAUAUAUGAAAUGCCUUCUACUGAAAAGAAUAUAAUUGAAAUAUCUAGUUUAACGGAUAAAGUUGACCAGAGUUCUCUUAAAAUAGAUUUAGAAUCGACUCUUGCUGUAUUAGUUAAAUCAGAGCAUGAUUCUGCGCAGUUCUUAACUAAUGAAGGUAUGGUGGAUAUUGAUUCAUUAAGUAAAACUGGUGCAUCUUUAAUUCACGAAGUUACGAUAGAUUCCAAGAAGGAUUCACUAAAUAAACCGGACUCUAUAAUACAUGAAGUGAUGACAGAUUCUAUGAUUGAUUCACUUAAUAAAACUGACACCUUAGUUCAUGAAAUGAUUACUGAUAUAAAGGUUGAUUCACUAAAUAAAUCAAGUGCACAAAAUGACGUAAGCCAAGCUCAUAAAACAGACAGUUCUACUCAAACUGACUUACAAAGCGAAUUUAAAUUUGGCUUUAAAUUUGACAUUACGGGAGUUAACGUGAAAACGUUAAACAUUUAUGACAUUUUCGAGUUGGUGGAUAAUUUGGAUACUCUUAAAACAAAAGCGAUGGAAGAACUAAGAACUAGAUGUUGUGUAAAUCUAUAAUAACUAUUCAUGUUUUAACCUUACUUUUAAGUUAUUUGCGUAAAAAAUGCAAGUUGUGUUUUUUUAAAUAGAAUUUUGUUUUAAGUUCACUCUGCUUUUUCCCGCAGCUGUUUUG